GGAGAACGCUGUGGAACACUAGAAGGGCUAUCUGUGGCAAAGAAACGAGUGUUGCGGAUUGAGACAGAGCCGAGGUUAUGCUAUCAACUGUGUCUGUUGAGAGGAAAGAUCGUGAAGCUUUCUCUUGUGGACAACUUCACGCACGCAGCGUUCCUAAGCUGGUGGUGUAGUCACAGACACCACGGGACCCAGUGGGAAGGUAGCAAGUUAGAUAAUUGGAAACCAUCCCUGGAGAUAGCUCUUUGAAAGAUUAGCUAGCCUGUUGGCUAACGUAGUAGGGUUACCAAGCUAGGCUACUGCUGGGGAAAUACGACUCUCAGAGAGAGAGAGAGAGAGAGCCCGGCAUCCACAGCCUCGAGUUCUGCUUCAUUUGGGCUUAGCUGCUAACGACGUUACCUGAGAGGAGGAAAUACAAACCGAUGAUACAAGGACAUUGUCAUUAGACGUCACGUUACCAUUUCUGAGCGCCCAGACUGCAACCGCCGUGGAAUUCACCAGUGGAGGAGCAGCAGCGCCCUGAGGGGUCCGAUAGACUCAAUGCCAAGCCUUUCUCCUCCUCAGACAGCUUAGUGAAGGUGCAGGAGGUAGCAAGCUGGCUUUUGGAAAUGAACCAGGAUCUGCUGUCGGGGGGCAGCAGGCGGAGGGGGGGGCCGCGGCCACGCCCAGGGCCGGGGGGUCGAGGUAACGGCUCCUCGGCCCGCGCGGCGGUGGCAGCGGCCUCGGGCACGGCCUCGGCACACCAGCCGGGCCAGGAGGCCGACGAGGAGGAGAACAUGAACCGCGUGCUGGAGGACGAAGAGCAAGAACGACCCAGAGCCGCAGAAGCAACAGCAGCAGCAACAGCAGCAGCAGCAAGCCAGCCUGUCCGAGAUGGAGAGGAGGAAGAGGAGGGCGAGGAGGAGGAGGAAGAGGAGGGCGACGAAGAUGAGGAGGAAGAGGAAGAGGAGGAGGAGGAAGAAGAGGAAGAGGAGGAGACGUGGCCCUCGGGAGAGAUGGGAAGCGGCGAGGAUGGCGGCGAGGGCGCCCCCCGCAGGCAGCGCGGCGAGCUGAACGGAGCGGAGCAGGGAGCGUGCUGGGCAGCGCAGGACCAACGCCGGCAGGACCAGGAGGAAGAGGAGGAGGAGGAGGAGAACAACAACAGCAACAGCAGCAGCACGGGGGAAGGAGGAGCGGGGCGGCACAGAGCCGAGGAGGAAAGGACAGAACGGGAGGCGCAGGGAGGCCCCGGGGCCCAGGAGGAGGAGGGGGGCGAGGAGGAGGGGGAGGAGGAGGAGAUGGACCAGGAUAGUGACGAGUUUGAAAACUCGGACGAGAGUGAGAGGGAGGAGGAGGAGGAAGAGGAGGAGGAGGAAGGGGAAGAGGGCCUCCCCUCCCUAAAGAACAGUGUAGCAGACUCUACUGACAACGUGGAUGGCUCGUCAGGAAGACCACAUCAGACUCCAGCCUCACUCCUCAAGAAGAAGAUGAAGAGAAAGUUGGACCAUGGUCCAGAGGUCCGAUCUUUCCCUUCAGGGAAGAAGCCCUGCAAAGGCCCAGAUUACUCGAGCCCCGCAGGGCUCGUCCCGUACCCUGCCACUCCCACCACGUUCGGGGACCUGCGGGCGGCCAACGGCCAGGGCCAGCAGCGACGCCGCAUCACCUCCAUCCAGCCCCCCAGCGGCCUGCAGGAAUGGCUCCGCACCUUUCAGAGUUGGAGUGGUCCAGAGAAGCUGCUGGCGUUGGAUGAGCUGAUCGACAGCUGUGAGCCCACACAGGUGAAGCACAUGAUGCAGGUGAUCGAGCCCCAGUUCCAGCGGGACUUCAUCUCACUCCUGCCCAAAGAGCUGGCGUUGUAUGUGCUGUCGUUCCUGGAGCCGAAGGACCUGCUGCAGGCGGCUCAGACGUGCCGCUACUGGCGCAUCCUGGCGGAGGACAACCUGCUCUGGAGGGAGAAGUGCAGGGAGGAAGGUAUUGACGAGCCUCUGCACAUCAAGCGGCGGAAAGUGAUCAAGCCCGGUUUCACGCACAGUCCCUGGAAGAGUGCCUACAUCCGGCAGCACAGAAUAGACACCAACUGGAGGAGAGGAGACCUCAAGUCCCCCAAGGUGCUGAAGGGCCACGACGAUCACGUGAUCACCUGCCUCCAGUUCUGCGGAAACCGCAUCGUCAGCGGCUCGGACGACAACACGCUCAAAGUGUGGUCAGCAGUCACCGGAAAGUGUUUGCGGACGCUGGUGGGCCACACGGGUGGCGUGUGGUCGUCCCAGAUGAGGGACAACAUCAUCAUCAGCGGCUCGACGGACCGCACGCUGAAGGUGUGGAACGCCGAGACGGGGGAAUGUAUCCACACGCUGUACGGACACACCUCCACCGUGCGCUGCAUGCACCUGCACGAGAAAAGGGUGGUGAGCGGCUCCCGGGACGCCACGCUGCGCGUGUGGGACAUCGAGACGGGUCAGUGUUUGCACGUGCUCAUGGGCCACGUGGCGGCCGUGCGCUGCGUCCAGUACGACGGGCGCCGGGUCGUGAGCGGCGCCUACGACUUCAUGGUCAAGGUGUGGGACCCCGAGACCGAGACCUGCCUGCACACACUGCAGGGCCACACCAACAGAGUCUACUCCUUACAGUUUGACGGCGUGCACGUGGUCAGCGGCUCGUUGGACACAUCGAUCCGCGUGUGGGACGUGGAGACGGGCAACUGCAUCCACACGCUCACCGGGCACCAGUCCCUCACCAGCGGCAUGGAGCUCAAGGACAACAUCCUGGUGUCCGGCAACGCCGACUCCACCGUCAAGAUCUGGGACAUCAAGACGGGCCAGUGCCUCCAGACACUUCAAGGUCCCCACAAGCACCAGAGCGCCGUCACGUGCCUCCAGUUCAACAAGAACUUUGUGAUCACCAGCUCGGACGACGGCACGGUCAAGCUGUGGGACCUGAAGACGGGCGAGUUCAUCCGCAACCUGGUGACGCUGGAGAGCGGCGGCAGCGGCGGCGUGGUGUGGCGCAUCCGCGCCUCCAACACCAAGCUGGUGUGCGCCGUGGGCAGCCGCAACGGCACCGAGGAGACCAAGCUGCUCGUGCUGGACUUCGACGUGGACAUGAAGUGACAUGCGAUGUUUUUUUCUUUUUUUAAAGACCGGGGGAGAUGACGUGGAGGAGGAGGAGGAGGGGAGAAAAAGAGGGGGAGAUUGAGAGAGAGAGAGAAUAAGAGAGAGAGAGAGGGAGAGAGCGAAAGAGGGGUUGAGGGUGGAUGGCUGAGCCCCCUUUGUGGAGCUCAAUGUCACGAUCCAUCGCUUGCUCUUUUUUUUAUUUAAACGGCAACAAAAAAAUGUAUCUCUCCAACCAUCCCCAGCCAGCCCUCCCCAUCUGCUGGGUGGUGGUGGUGAUGGUGGUGGUGGUGUUAUCUGGCUCUACAGUGUCUCCAUCACCCUCUCUCUCUCCCCUUGGCUGGACGGGGUGGUGUACAUGGGGGGGCCUUUGCUUGGGGCGGGCGAGGAGAGCGCGGACGGCGUGGAGGAGGGGCCGAGAGCGAGGAGAGGAGAGGACUGGACUCGUGCGCUGCCUCCUCCCCCCACCCUCCACACGUGCGUCUGCAGCAGGAGCUCGGCUCGCUCACGGCGGCAGCAGCAGCAGCAGCAGCCACACGGACAGACUGGUCUGCACUCGCCAGCAGUGCUGUGCUCAGAUGUACAAAACCCACAUGAUUUUAGCCCCCCACUCCUGCCCCACUCCCACCCCCACCUCCUUCACCUGUUCAGAACAGGCCAAGAGCGCACCGAUACCAGGCAGCGGUAAACACACACACACACACACACACACACACACAUGCACACUCACUCACUCACUCCCAGAGACCUCCGAUUGAGUUCCUUUCACAGUGCUGCUUAUGGAGCGCCCCACCACGGGUGACAGGGUGUGGGUAUGGGUGCACGUGGCGUAGAGUAGAGGCGCGCGGACUGGUUGGACUGACGGACGCCCCCCCGCCCCGGUGGCCUCGGCCCUGGGACCGGUGCGCUCCACUUUCUUUCUGUGCAUUUUGGUUUGUUUCCUUUUUCCUCCUCUCCCCAUCACUUUGUUUCCUGGCUUUGAGUUCCUCACAAACAAAAACACGGACGAUGAAACCUUUUUAGUGUGCUCCACAAAUUUCCUGUUCCCCCACUCUUUAUUUUUUGCCUGCUGUUGCCAUUAGCAACACAUCCCAGUAUUAAGCUGUUCUUUGCUCUUCACGUUACAUUCUCUCUAUUUGUUUGGGUUUGUUUUUUUGUUGGAUUUUUCCCUUCUCUCCUUCCAUGUCUUUCUCUCCCCUUCAUGCACAGAGCUGACAACGAGUCCAGCCUCCAGCGCAGUGUCUGCUCAUUGGCCUUUAUGUUGGAGAGUCUGGACGUUUAGUCACCUCAGCCCAGGUGUUUAGAGCUGAGGAUGGGGGUCGAGGUGGGAGGCGUGCGUGCGUGCGUGUGUGUGUACGUGUGUGUGCGUAUGUGUGUGUGUGUGUGUGUGUGUGUGUGUGCAUUUGUGUGGUGGUGGUGGUGAGCUAGCAUCACCUCAGCUCCUGGGAAGUGCGCUUUCCCCCCAGUACUGUUUCUCCCAGUGGCCAAACGGAAUUCAUGCUGCUAGACAGAGAAAAGCAAGGUGGAACUUUUAACUCGCUGUGACGUUUUAGUCCCAGACUAAAUUCCAAAAAUUGACUCUAUAUAGUUUGGACGGAGGAAAAAAAAAAACGAUGCGCAAUGGAAAUUACAACCGACAUUUUUUUUUUGUGUGUGUGUUUUUGUUUUGUUUUGUUUUCGUUUUUGUUUUUGCCACUGAAACUUGAGCCAAAUGUGCCUCAACGAGGCUGAGAAGAGGGAGUGAUGAACAGACAAAGACAGGUUUGCCCGAGGAGACAGGAUAGGAUUGACAUGAGCAAAUUAAUGUGUGUGUGCGUGUGUGUGUGUGUGUGUGUGCAUGCGUGUGUGUGUGCGUGUGUGUGUGUGUAUGCUGUGUGAGGUCUUGAAUAAUUGUAAACACAUUCCUUUGGACAAAGCUCUGUUAGCCUGUACUCCUUCGAAAUGAGUGUUUGACAGGAUUACUAAAGCAACAGCCCAGUCAGGGUUUUAAAGUGAAUGAGAACUGUCCAUGUAGCUGUCUAUGAGCUUGAUGUCUGUGUUUCGUUCACUCGAAUGUUUUUGAUUUUUUUUUUUUUUGCAACUGAUUUCAGAGGCAUCACCAUUAAACCAACUGACAGGUCCAUGUGGUGACGAGGAAGAGUGUAGUGUUUGAAAUGUUACAGUACCAGAGCCCUUCACGCUCUCAGAACAAGGGAGGGGACACGCAGCAACACAGGCAGAUGAAUUCAAGGUGAACAUAGCCAAACGAUUAGUCUCAUUCUCCAAGUCACACAACUCAAGCUGAACUGUGAAAGUGGUAUAACACUGUAUAUUAUAAAACAAUCUUGCUCUCUCUUAUCUGUUUUUGUUUUUUUUUCUUUUUUAUUUCAGUUUAAUUUAUGAUCUGGUUUUUAAAAAUCAGAUGUCGGAGGUGUUUUUAUUUUUCAUUCAGUUCAUGUAACUGCCUGGCAUAACAGACAGAAAAAAACUUAAAGGGAUUGUGUAUUGUUUGAUUCACUUAGAAUUUUUAUUUUCUUAUAACUUAAGUGCAAUAAAAUGUGUUUUUUCUUUUUCAUUUCAAGCCUGUUGGUUGUGUGUGCUUGUCAGUGUGGAAGUGUCAUUCGUGUUAAAAAUAAAGCUUCAACCAUC